GGUCCUGUUAUCCCAUGCAGAUAUCAGUCUGCCAUCAUAUAGUGUAUAGAAAUACUGUGCUAAAAGGGCGAGAUUGAUAAUGGUGAACUAAAAUUGUCACCAUUUUCGGUGCAUGUUUACACGUCUCUGGAUUGUGAGACGAAAUAUGGUUUAUUGGGUCUGAAUAUAUACUAAUCAGUCGAACGUCAUUAAGAUUAGUCUAGCUCGUAGAUGCCCAUGAAAAGCAGCACGAAUGGAAAUAUUCUUCAAGAGUGCUCAGAUCUAAAUACAAAACAAAUGCUCUUUGCACACACAGAUAUUCAAAAACAAACAAGUGGGUGAGUUACAGUCAAAAGAAGGGCAUGGAGGCGUACAAGCAAUGGGUGCGAACCAACAGGCACUUCAUAUCUUCUAUGGAAACUUGUGCUAAUGCCAUGACUUGGUUUCUUCCCGAGAGGUUUUCUUCUUCUGAGAUUGGGGCAGAAGCUGUAUCUGCAUUUGUUGGUCUAAUUGCGGCCAUUAACCAACAUAUUAUCGAGAACCCACCCGUGCUUCCUCCCAGGAAUGUUGGAGCCAACUCACAAAGUCAUGCUCAGCAUCCAUACAUUGGUCAAGAACCACGAUUCCCUUGGUCCUUAUGCAUAUCAGCAGUAAAAGAGACAGAGGUUUUCUUUGAGGUCGUUGCGGAGCAUUUCCUUGGAAAAGAUAAGAUUUGGUCUUUCCUGGCUGGAAUGGAAGGUGCUAAGGCAAUUAUUCGGUUGAUUUUGUUACAUAAAAGUGGGUACAAAAUGCUAAUAGAUGGAGGAGCAACAGUUAAUGUAGACGAGGCUGUUGGGCCACCCGAUUUUCCUCACUGGAGUGCAGGUGGUAGAGGUUUGGAAGGCAGAGCAAUGCGGGCAUUUCAGAAGUUUGGAGAAAAUGUUCAGAGAUCUCAUUUGUCCUCACAGCAACCCUCAUCCACCAAAAGAUCAACAAUGGUGUCUAUCUGGCAUGAGAAGGGACUUAGUGGUGAAUGUUUUGUGCUGGGGGAGGUUCUUCUUAUUUUAAGGCCAUUUCUUUAUGCAUUAUUUACAAGAAAGUAUGGGUCGGGGUCUUGGAAGCCUUGGUUCGUGUCAUUAGCUGUGGACACAGCUGGAAUGGGUAUUAUAUAUAGGGUCACAUUGCCAAGGAUUGGAAGAGGUUCUUCAUUAUCCACAAUUGAGAAACAAGAGUUAAAAAGAAGGCAAUUUCUAUGGGCAUUCUAUAUCAUGAGAGAUCCAUUCUUUAGCAAGUAUACAAGGCAUCGACUGGAACGUUCUGAGCAGCUGUUGAAGCCUGUUCCAAUUAUAGGAAAUUUAACAGCAAAAGCAGUGGAGCUUCUUAUAGGUGUUCAAACACGCUACUCAUACAUUUCAGCAUCAUGAACAUGAUAGACAGUUUGACUUAUGUUUUACUUGGUGUAUCAUUCCACUCAACACACGAUCUAGAUAGUUUGGAUUCUCACUUUGGACCAUCUGAAAUGGGUCAGUUGAAGCAUCAUGUUAUAUUUUCAAAUUUGUAAAUGAUCACCAAAUAACUUGGAAGUUAGCUGGUUUGAUGCAAGCAACCUGAACGAAUGUGUUUUCAAAACCGUGUCAACAAGGUCAUUUGGGUGCUAUAUGAAAUUUAAGGUAGACAAAUACUCUACAUAGAGAGCAAACGACUUAACUAUUGUUUGUCAUAGGGAAUAAGAUUAUGGCAGAGCAGGGCUAAGCCCCAGUCGACUUGUGGGUGAUAUGUUUUAAAUGCCAGCAUGAGAUACUAUUAUGAGUGCUUUUAUGGGCAUCUCCUCUAUAGUCAAUAACAAAGAAAAUGCAAAUUGGGCUUCUGCAGUGGUAGCAUACAGUGUAAGAUUGAUUGUCAAUCAAUGUGUUAGAUGGAUUGGUAGCAAUCAAUGUGUUAAGAAUGAUUUCUAUUUAUUGCAAUCACAGCCUUAAAGAUAUUUUACAACCCUUGAUCUUAGCCUUGAUAGUCUUGUUUAUGCAUUCAACUUUUGGGUUAUUUAAGUUGAAUAGCCUGUGUUGAAUCCUUGUUCUUUUGCAAUUCUUGUCUCACCUCCUGCCAGAUUUUGGAGGAUAUAUAUGCAAAAGACAAUCAACAAAAAAUAUUUCGUGUUUUAUAACUGUAACAUAAUUGGAUACUAUUUUAUUCAAAUAGGACACCAUUUUGCAUUCA